ACUCCACAUGCCACCAGUACGGCUGGCAACAUUUAUGGGGAGAGACCAGUAAUGUUGCAACAUAGCAGAUCCCCCAAUCUGAAGCAGACACUAGCUCUGCGGAGGACGCCACCUAGAGGCCACAACCUGCAGUUCAGCUUCGCCAGUCUGACCAGUCCCUGCAGAUCUUCAUGUGUUAAACAUGCAGAUAAUUAAACUGAACUGGACGUCCAGCAGAAGACAUGGAGUUAAUUUUUAUGACAGUGUCACUGCAAGAGGCUCACAUUAGGUCAACAGUCAUGGAGAGCGGAACAAGUCAUGUGACAUCAUACGAAGAACAAAGGAUGGAACCUGUGACGUCACUGUGACAUCACUGAGACUUUAUCUUAAUGACAAACACAGCUUCUAGUCAGUAUGUCCAGUUAACCUGAUCAGAGAGCAGAGCAGAUAUUUUUCUGUGCAUUUUCACCAAACUAGCUUAACAAUGGCAGAAGACGAUCAACAGACGGCAGAAAACGGUCAACAGACGGCAGAAGACGAUCAACAGACGGCAGAAGACGAUCAACAGACGGCAGAAAACCGUUACCUCCUGGAGCAUGGCAGAAAUGCUGAAUCUGUUAAACCUCCAGAACAGGUACAACUGGAUAAACUGGUGCAAUAUAUGGACGACUUUGCAAAAGGCAGAAAGCUUAAAUUCAAACAAUACUGGAGGAGUGAGUGGCAAAUGCAGUACGAAGAAGACGAGGUGUUCUGGAAAAAGGAAAAUCUUUCAUUGGAAGUUAAAAUUGAUGAGCUUAAAAACAAAAAUGCAGCACUUCAAAUUAAAUACGAAGAGUCUCUUAAGAAAAAUGAGGCAUUAAAGGUUCAGUUUAAGGAGCAGUUGGCAGCCAAGGAAUAUGAGAUUGCUGCACUAUGUAAGGAGCAUGAGACUGAAAAUAAAAGGCUGUUAAAACUGUACAGUACUGAAGCCAAAACCUUUGAAGCCUUCAGGAAUAAUGUGGUGACCAAAGACGAACAUGUUUUCAAAUUACAAAAUGAAGUCAAAAACUAUAAGCAAGCCAUUUUGGAGAAAACCAAGAAGUUGGAAGCAUCUUUGGCGCAGAAGGAAGCAGAAGUCAAGAAGAUAAAAAUGGACAUAACACAGCAGUCUGUAAUUUAUGAGAUUAAACUACAGACAGAGAAAUCAGCAUCAAAAAAGGCAAAGUUGGCCAAGGAGAAAGUUGACGAAAAUAUCCAAAUUCUCAAAACUGAUAUUUCUAAAAGUAGAGAGAAACAUAAAGACUUCAAGGCAAAGAUAUCUGAGCUCGAGACCAAAGUCCAAGACGAGAAGAAGAAGUUGAAAGACACAAAAAUAUUAAACAAAAGAAACAUUGAGGAAAUAUACCAGAUUGUUGAAAAUCGGAACCGUCGCAUCGAUGAUCUCCGUAUCAAAGCUGAAGCCAGAGACAAAGUUUUAGCUAAACUGCAGAUGAAAAACAAGGAGCUUCAGGGAACCAUAACGUGUUUGGGACAGGAAAUCACCGGCCUGAAACGAGAGAGAGAGAAACUUUUCAAAGAGAUUGAAAAUGAAAAGUCUAAAAGCGGAACGUUGAAAGUCAGUCUGAAUGAAAGAGAGGAAAUGAAUAGAAAGUUGGAGGCCGAGUUGGAGGAGGAAAAGGAAAAACAUGACAAACACAAGAAGAAAGUUCAAUCAAAAACCCUUGAGCUCCAACUUCUCAGCGAGAAGCACAACACCCUGAAGGCCAGCCAUCGCGGCAUCAAGCCAGAGGUCAAUAAAUGCCACCGUCGCAUCAAACAGCUGGAGAACAAGAUCAUCUCUAUGCAGUGUGACAUCCAGAGCUGUGUCGAUGUGUUUCAUUACCCCAAAAAGUUUUUACCCUUCUUCGUUCGGCUGAAGGAAAGACAUCUGGACAACAGUGCCGUCAUGGAGGCCGACAGCCACUUUAGCGAGUUUCAUCGCUACAUCAGGAAGCUCACACGUACAUUCGAGGGAACCAUCGCCAGUCAGAAGAGAGACAGGGACAAUCUGUCCAAGAUGUUGUAUAAGUUGGAACGCACCCCUGUAGAAUUGGCAAGAGCCAACUUGGCUACUGAAAAAUACAGCAAAUUAGAGGACGAAAAGCGCGAGCUGGAGCUGAAGCUGAGAAAUGCAGAGAAGGAGCUUCACGCGCUAAAAUUUCCUCCCAAAUCCAAGGUCGACUGUUGGCUCAACAAGUUUGUCAAACGAAGUAACAAGGUCCACCCAGCAGCAGACUGCAGCCAGGGAGAGGAGCUGCCCCCGGCCAGGCCGCCCCCUGCAUUUGAGACGCCCCAGAAGGUUUCCGCAGAGCCAGCCAAGGCUGAAGAAGAUUCACACGAAGCCGUCUCCGACAGCCGCUGCCUGCCGACGCCUGAAACCUCUUCGCCGACUCCCAUCCCAGACUUCAUCAACCAUCUUACAGACGACAUUUAGAUGUGCAGCUGGUUCAGAGGAAGUAACCCCUUAACUAGCAG